GUUUCUCCUUCUCUGUUGUGCCUUCAAACGCCUUCCUCUCUUCCUCCACCACCUUCUUUCUACGGCACAGAGAGUUCCUUUAAGCCGGCAGUUUCGUGUGUUACACCGUGGCGUGUGCACACAAGAUCACAUAAGUUUUAUGUACAAGACGGGCACAAAAGGCACCCUGAGAGAUCGGCGGUGGCUUUCUUCGGUGGAACGAGUUUUCCAGGUGUCAUCCAGGUGUACGAACCGAUAGUCGAGCCUCAUGCAUGAACUCCCGUCUGCGAUAAAUAAAAGUAAGAGUCCCGUGGAAUCACUUUAAACGCUUCGAACCGCGCGGAGUCGUAGUUUCGAAAGAGGACGUCUUUGUUCUGACGUUGCGCCUGUGAUCGCGACUGUGAUGUGAUAAGUUUCGUGGGUGAACACUGUGUGACAUUUGUGACAGGCUAAUCAGCUGGAACCGAGGAGCACGCGGUAUCCGACACUGGAGGUGGUGUGAGAGGUUCCGGCAAAGCACCGGAAGUCCCCAGCUCUGGCCGCGAGGUACGUAGGAACAUGGAACGUGGUCUGCACGAACGUGACCGUGUCGGUGUCCAGGACUUCGUUCUCCUCGAGGAUUUCCAGAGCGAGGCUGCAUUUAUCGAUAACCUGAAAAAGCGCUUCAAUGAGAACCUAAUCUACACGUAUAUCGGUCAAGUGCUGGUAUCAGUGAAUCCUUACAAGAAAUUACCGAUUUACAACCCGGAAACUAUUCACUACUACCAUGGAAGGAAUUUCUUUGAGGCCCCACCGCACAUCUUUGCGCUUGCAGAUACUGCUUAUCAAUCUUUGUUGAAGGAGAAUCUGGAUCAAUGUAUUCUCAUCUCUGGCGAAUCCGGUUCGGGGAAAACCGAAGCUUCAAAGAAGGUGCUAGAGUUUAUCGCAGCGGCUACGGGACAUAAAAAACAAGUGGAGGAAGUAAAUAAUAAGUUGAUCGGUAGUAAUCCGGUACUAGAAGCUUUUGGAAAUGCGAAAACUAAUCGCAACGAUAACUCGUCCCGUUUUGGCAAGUACAUGGAUAUCCAAUUUAACUUCCAGGGAGAUCCAAUCGGUGGGAACAUCUUGAAUUACCUACUCGAGAAAUCGCGAGUGGUGCAUCAAUUUUCGGGAGAGCGAAAUUUCCAUAUUUUUUAUCAAUUAUUAGCCGGCGCGAGCGAAGAGACUUUGCGGAAGUUAUAUCUUAAGAGAAAUUUAGAUACGUACUAUUACCUCACCAACGGAACGAAAGGUACCAUAGACAGUAUUGACGAUACUAGCCAAUACAAUGAAGUAAUAAAAGCAAUGAAGACUAUGGAAAUGACUCAACAAGAACAAGAUGAUUUAUUUGCAAUAGUCGCAUCAGUAUUGCAUAUGGGAAAUGUUGGUUUUACCGAAGAAGAUGGUGUCGCACAAAUUUUAAAGCCAGCUUCCGUUGAGGCUGUUGCUGCUUUAUUGGGUUGCGACAUAAAACAAUUGGCGGAGGCCUUUACAAAUCGCACUAUAGACGCCCACGGUGACGUGGUCGUUUCCCCGUUAAAUAGAGAAUUUGCGAUUUAUGCACGGGAUGCGUUGGCGAAAGCUGUGUAUGACAGACUGUUCACGUGGCUAGUGACCAGGUUGAAUAAAUCUUUACAACCGGUUAACAAUCCUCUUAACAAGAUGGUCAUAGGAAUUCUAGAUAUUUAUGGUUUCGAAAUCUUUCAGAAAAAUAGUUUCGAACAAUUCUGUAUAAAUUACUGUAAUGAGAAAUUGCAACAACUAUUCAUUCAAUUGACGUUAAAAUCGGAACAAGAGGAAUAUCUUAGGGAAGGAAUAACGUGGGAAAAUGUUCAAUAUUUUAAUAAUAAAGUUAUAUGCGAUUUAAUUGAAGAAAAGUAUAAAGGUAUAAUAUCAUUAAUGGAUGAAGAAUGCCUUCGUCCUGGAGAACCAACAGAUUUGAGCUUCCUAGAAAAGCUGAAUGUAAACUUAAACAAUCAUCCUCAUUAUAUAAGUCAUAUGAAAGCCGAUCUACAAACGCAGAAAGUUAUGGGGCGUGAUGAAUUCAGAUUAGUACAUUACGCUGGAGACGUAACAUAUAAUGUACGUGGAUUCCUUGAAAAAAAUAAUGAUUUAUUAUAUAGAGAUUUACGUGCAUUAAUGUCACACACGACAAAUUCAAUUAUUAAGAGCGUAUUUGAUGUGAAAGAUUUGAAUAGCAAAAAACGACCGGACACUGCCAUUACACAAUUUAAAAAUAGUUUAAAUAAUUUAGUGGAUAUACUUAUGGGAAAAGAACCUUCUUAUAUUCGUUGUAUUAAACCUAAUGAUUAUAAAAUGCCCAAUCAAUUCAACGACAAAAUUAUAUUACAUCAAGUAAAAUAUUUAGGUCUUAUGGAAAAUUUACGAGUGAGGCGAGCUGGUUUUGCCUACAGGAGACCGUAUGAACAAUUCUUACAACGUUAUAAAUCUCUAUGUCCACAAACGUGGCCUAACUAUCACGGUCCUGCUAAAGAAGGUGUACAAGCUCUCGUAUGUUAUCUUAGCUUCGAACCAGAUGAAUAUAGGAUGGGCAACACAAAAUUAUUCAUUCGAUUCCCUAAGACAUUAUUCGACACUGAAGAUGCUUUCCAAAUGAAAAAACAUGAAAUAGCUGCUAUUAUUCAAAGUAAAUGGAAAGCUAUAUUAAUAAGACGAAGGUAUCUACGUAUGAAGAAAGCGGCGAUAGUUUUUCAAAAGUACAUUCGAAGAUGGUUAGCAAAACAUGAAACUGAAAAAAGAAGGAAAGCAGUUAUUACUAUUCGACGUUUUAUUGAAGGAUUCAUUACACGAAAUGGACCACCAACUGAGAUCAACAUAGCUUUUAUUGAAUUAGCAAAAUCUCAGUGGUUAAUCAAGCUCUCUAAAACACUUCCAGUUGGUGUUUUGAAUCAUUAUUGGCCUCCGUGUCCAUAUGCUUGUCGAGAAGCCUCCGAACAUUUACGUAUCAUAUAUAAAAAAUGGAAAGCACGUAAUUAUAGAUUGGCUUUGUCAAAAGAAGAUAAAAAACAGUUUGAAUUAAAAAUUUUAGCUGAAUCUCUGUUUAAAGGCAAAAAGAAAUCAUAUGCAAAAAGUUUUGCGCCAAAAUUCCAAAAUGAUCGACUUGGUGUUGAAUAUACAGCAUUAAAGCAAAGUUUUGUUAAUAAUAUUCUUCCUCGAGAUGAAACUAUAAAGUAUGCAACUCCUGUUAUUAAAUAUGAUCGACACGGUUACAAGCCUCGUGAAAGGGUACUAAUUUUAACGGAAAAUGGAGUGUAUAUCUUAGACACCUUAAAAACAUUUAAACUUAAACAUCGAUUACCCUAUAAAUCUAUUGAAGAAUUAGUUGUUACAGGAGAAUCAGAUAAUUUACUAAUCGUUAGGAUACCACCCGAAUUAAAAAAAGACAAGGGUGAUUUAAUUUUGGAAGUACCGCAUAUAAUAGAAGCAUUAACAAAAGCAAUUGAUAUCACUAAUAAUCCGAAUAUUCUUAAAAUUGUUAAUACGGAAUCAGUCUCACAUAAACUAGUCAGUGGUAAAGAAGGUGUAAUCGAAUUCAGGACUGGUACAACUCCAGCUAUUAGUAAAAACAGACAAAGUGGACAUUUACUAGUGGUGGCCUCUCCAUAAUGUCCAAACAAUGUUUGAAACGAUCUUGUACUUAGACAGAAGUGUUCAGCAUGCAAAAUAUGAUAAUGCAGCCUUAAUUGAUGUGAUCUAGAGUGGAAUUUUAUUAAGAAGAGAUAAUAUAUUAAAAUUUAGUACAUUUAUCGAAUGAAACUCGCAAUUUUGUACCUUGCUAUAUGAGUUGUGUAAAAU